CAUCCGGGUUCUCCCUUGCUAGAAGUCUUCCACCUACGAAGAUGUCGCCCUGGGGCCCCUGUUUCUCCGAAGACCGUCCCGAUCGAGGCAGGUAGUGGCUUCUGGGAGGUUCUCCGGGUGCCCGCCUCAGCCGCGGCUGUCCUGUAAGGAGUGUGCCGCCCGCCCUCGCAGAGGCUGUCGGAGACCUUCCCGCCUUGUCCGUCCCCUGACCCCACACAGGCUGCACACGUUCUGUCCCCCGAGGCGGCUGCCACGAACAGAGGCCGCCUUAGGCCCUUGCGUCCUGUGGGCCAGGCCCUAGAGAGUCUGCGAACACAUUCUUGGAACCACCACCUGGAUGAAGAAAUGGAACCUUACCGUGCUUCCUACCUCCUACUGACUCCCACCGAACGUCCCCCAAAGGAGUGUGCAGCUCUCGCUGCAGAGCUCCACACCUGCAGGGAGCAGCUCGUGCAGAGAGAGGAGGAGAUCGCCAACCUGAAGGCGGAGAGAAACAACACCAGGCUACUGCUGGAACAUUUAGAGUUCCUCAUCUCCAGGCACGAGAGAUCUCUCAGGAGAACAUUGGUGAGGCGACAGGCGAAGACUCAGGCCGGCAUGUCCAGUGAGGUGGAGGUGCUCAAGGUCCUGAACUCCAUAUUGGACAACGACAAAACGGAGGAUGAAAUGGUGUGCCUUGCCAUGGCGGUUCUCAAUUUGUGCACAUGCUGUGUGUUAUAGGCACACUUUGUGUGUUUGUGUGACUUGAGUUUCCUUUUCAUCUUCUUGAAUUCUUGUAAGAAGACAGGUCUGUAUGGUUAAAAAGCAGUAGUUGGUGGAAAUGUGUGUAUCGAUUGGCUAGUACAAAUUACAUAAUGUAAUUUAUUUCAGGGAAGAUUUGUCUCCAAUGUUAAAUUGAAAGCUGUUAACAAGCAAGUUUGUGAACAGGAGCAUCCGUGAAAAACCUUACCAGCAUUCUGUCAUGUUAUUUGAGGCAAAGGGGAUCUUAGGGUAACUGUACAGUAAGGCCUAGUGAAACACCUCUGUGUACAAGCUCAAUCCCUUUGUUUCCAGGUGAGAGAGCAGUUACGUGUGGCACUG